CAUUAGCAUGCAAAGUUUUUUGUGCUCAUAAGUCUGCCAGCGCUGCAGAGCGCGCGCGACGGCAUGGCGCGGAUUUCAACGGCGGGGCAUUCGCAAUCGUAGUCUGCCAGUGUCGCGAUGGUGUACGCAGUUAUAUACAAUUUCAGCUGAACAUACAUACUGUUGUAUACGCCGCAGAGGCUACAAACAAGGCGGCCGCGCCUUCUGGAGAAACCGCCCUCAGCAUUCUUGCUAGUUAGAGCGCAUCGCAGCUGCAAGAAACAUACGUUUUUCGCUCCUACUCAGCACACCAAGAAAACCCUACAAGUUAACGCGUAGCCGAGCCUCUGAACCCAUGGACUUCAACUCAGACUAAGUCCUGCGGCUUCUCCACACCCCUCCAAACGCGCUCAGUCAAACUAGCAUGGCUGGCAACGGAGGGCUGGCUUCCGCAAUCACAGCGUUUCUGGCCGUCCUGCUGUGGCUUGGUUCCACGACAGCGGAGGUGGGAGCUCGCGCGAGCCACCGGCAUCCCCGCCAUUUCCACCUGAACCAUCGGCACCGCCAACUACGGAGCAGCAAUAACAACCUCAUUUCGGGUCCCUCACCAGCACCAUCGUAUGUCGGGCCGGUGUAUCCGCCUGCCUACGAUGCAGCACCACCAUACUACGCUGCCUGGGCCCCACACUACCCGCCCUCCUACGCGCCGCCCUACUACUCCACGCCCGCGCCAUACCCGCCCACCUAUCCACCCACCUACCAGCCGCCACCACCUCCUCCUCCGCCACCACCUUCCCCGCCGCCACCCUCGCCGCCGCCCCCUCCUCCCUCACCCCAGCCCCCCAGCCCGUUGUCCGUGUUGUGCGCUGCACCCACCUCCUGCCCAGACACAGCAACCCUCGCGGCAGCGGGCAUCCCCAACGCCGCUUGUGGCGACUGCUCUGUGAGCGAGCAGUGUUUUGUGGAGUCCCGGCAAGACCAAUUCCUUGGGGCCGGGGCCGCAUCGAGCUUCCUCUCAGUUGCCUCCUGCGCCAACGCCAAAACCGACGGGUCUGUCACGGAUCCGGUCCUGAGCUUCCUAACCUUCCCGCGCUACCCCACACUGCCGGUCGCCGACCCGCGCUACCCCUACCUGCACCUCUACCUGGCGGCGGCUGACACGGCCCCCGGCGACUCGGUGGCAGUGGCAGUGGCCUGCUACACCGACGCCAGCCUGACAGAGGUGGACAAGUACCUGGUGCUGCAGCGGAUACACACAGCAACCCUCGCGGCGGCGGGCAUCCCCAACGCCGCUUGUGGCAACUGCUCUGUGAGCGAGCAGUGUUUUGUGGAGUCCCGGCAAGACCAAUUCCUUGGGGCCGGGGCCGCGUCGAGCUUUCUCUCUGUAGCCUCCUGCGCCAAUGCCAAAACUGACGGGUCUGUCACGGAUCCGGUCCUGAGCUUCCUGACCUUCCCACGCUACCCCACACUGCCGGUCGUCAGCCCGCGCUACCCCUACCUGCACCUCUACCUGGCGGCGGCUGACACGGCCCCCGGCGACUCGGUGGCAGUGGCAGUGGCCUGCUACACCGACGCCAGCCUGACAGAGGUGGACAAGUACCUGGUGCUGCAGCGGAUACCGACCGCCGCCGACAACUACAGGUGCCCCAGCUGCAAGUGGUUCUGGAGCUUCGAGGUCCGGACCCCGGCCGCGCCCAGCUGCUGAUGGGGCGCAGGGGCUCGCCACUAAGCAUGGCCCUGAAUGCAGGGUGCGUGUACAUACAUAGCGUCAUGUGCAUUUAACAUUGUCCGAGUGUAUGUUUGGCUUGCGCAUUGUUUGUGUCAGACAGUCCAUCUGGGUGGCUGGCGCAUGGUGAGCAAGUGGCCGUGCCGUGCGUGUGUGUUUCCACAGGUAUGGUAUGCCGCCGUGCGUGAGAGGUGAAUCGGUAGGUGGUGCAAGGCAGGGCGAAUGGAUGCGGUGUGAGUUUGACGCGGGGGGUGGGCACGUGCUGCUGAAGCUGCACCGGCAACUUGACUGCCGAGUGCUGUGGCAGUAGCUUGGGCACAUCUUGCCGCCGCCGUCAGCCACCCGGUGCGCGUUUAGUCUUACACGUGGGUACUGGGUAGCGGCAAUUUGUGUAUGUGUGUGUGUGUGUGUGUAAAUGUCCAAUCGCAUUGUCAUUCAUAGGCAAAACUCGAAGAGGCAGGUUUGCAGGCAGGUACACGCACAUUCGCAUAAAGUGACGAAGGAGAUACUGCACAGUACGCAUGGGCUGGGGAUCUGGUAUGUGCCGUAUUGCAGUGAUGGAAGCGCUUGCAACCAAAAGCGUUUUGUUAGUAGCAACCCGGUAGCGGCAAUGGAUGGAGUUGCACGUUGUGAUUGCAGACCGCCAACCGAGCAGUAUGCUAGUGGGUACUCAGGGGUAUCGGUA